GCUCUGGUCCAGGACAGAGGCAUCAGUUUUGAGCAGAGGGAAAACACAACGCUGCCGACGAAGAAUGCUUCCAAACUGCACACUCUGUACAGAUGUGAUCACCCCUGACAUCUUCAUGUGCAAAGUGUCUCAAACUUGCACCAAACCCACCUCUGCACGACUGUUAGGUGGGACCAGUCUCACUUUACUGCUGAUUUGAACGCAGCACCAUCAUGGGUGCUAAGCAGACCAAAGGCCAGGAGUCUGGAGGAGGAGCCAGUCCCCAGCACAGCUGGAGGCGGACGCCCACCAAGGAGCGUGGGGACAUCCUGGCGUCCCUCAUGCUGAAGUCUGGGGACAGGUUGAGCCGAGGUGGGACGCCGCCACCGUACCAGAGACGCAUCGGCAUGAUCCAGGAGAUGAUGCUGAUGGCCAAGCAGGGCAAACAGGACGAGGCUACAGAGAUGCUGAAGACACUCCGACAGGACCUGGGUAUGGAGUCAACUUCCCUGGAUGACGUGUUGUACCGCUACGCCAGCUUCAGAAACCUGGUUGACCCCAUCACACAUGACCUGAUUAUCAGCCUGGCGCGAUAUGUCCACUGCCCCAAAACGGAGGGCGACUCUCUCGGCGCCAUGGAGAAGGUUUGCCGUCAGCUGACCUACCAUCUCAGCCCCCACUCGCAGUGGAGGAGGCAGGGCCUGCUCAAGAGGAAACCUCAGGCGUGUUUGAAGGCGGUGCUGUCGGCCCCUCCGUCCAGCGGGGCGUUGGAUUUGUCCGGCAUCCCUCUGACGGCUCGAGACAUGGAGCGACUCUGCGCUCAUCUACAGCACCACGCGUCCACCGUGGUCAGCUUGGAGCUGGGAUUCACUGAGUUAACGGAUGAGGCUUUCCUCCUGCUGCUGCCCACGCUGGCUGCCCUGCCACACCUGGAAACUCUAGCACUGAACGGAAACAGGCUGACCAGGACCAUUCUGAAGGAGCUGACUGAUGCCCUCAAGGAUCCAGGCAGUUUUCCCAGUGUCACAUGGAUUGACCUGGGAAACAACGUGGACAUCUUCUCUCUGCCACAACCCUUCCUGGUCAGCCUGAGGAAGCGCUGCCCCAAACAGGGCAACCUACCCACCAUCCUGGAGUUCGGAGAGAGUCAGGCCAGCGAGCCGCCUGAGAGGCUGAGGGGGCUCGAGGAGGAGGAAGAGGAGACGGACGACACGAACUGCACCGAGAGCAUGGGCGAGCUCCGGUCUGAGGUGGAGGAGGAGCUGGACGGCGAGAUGGAGAUCGAAGAGAUGAUGGAGGAGCUGUUGGACUUUGACAGGCAGGUGCAGGGCAAGGAUGAGGAGGAGAGUAUGUGGACGGUGCAGGAGCAGAGGAAAGGGGGGAAGGGGUGGGGGAGGAGAGAGAGGGACAAGGGCGGAGAAAAGGAGGCGAAGAGGAGAGCGACAGAGCGGCAGCAGCAGAAGCUGGGGGGGAGGGCGGUGAUGGUGGAGGAUGAUGAUGAGAGCCGCUCCUCCCACCUGUCCUACUCCAGCCAGUCGCAACACUCCUCUGGAGCUGUUGAGCCAACGAGAGUGGAGGAGGACGACCUGACCGACCAGUCAGACCUCUUGACCUGAUUGCUGCUCUCCGCUCAUGCUUCCCCUCGUGAAUCGAGCCUCGGUGUAUGAAAGGACACAACAGAAGGCUCCGACAGAGUGGGCUGAAAGUCAAACAGGCUGCAGCGAUGGAAGGAUAUGUCACUCAAUACCCACUCUACUGAUCCGAUUUGUGACCAAAACACAGACGCGUUCAGAUCCUGGACGAGUGACAGCUGCACCCAGGUGACUCUGUGACUGACAAUCUCUUACAGGACGCAUGUUUGUUGGAUUCAACUGCAAACAAUCUGAAGUCUGACUGACUAAUUGUAUCACCUUUGGCUUUUAUCUAUCCAAUGAUAACCUUUAUUCAGGUCCUUCCUCCUGGUAACCCUGGUAACACCUCCAUGUGCCUGUAACACGUCACAGACUGGUUGAUAAUGAUAAUAGAAGAGAUAUAUAAGAGCAGAGCCUCAUAGAAAAUAAGCCAGGAGCCAUGAAGCUUUAAAAAAAAAAUGCCAAAAUAAAAACCUGGUUGAAAUGUUUAAAAUAAAUGUCUCCCUCCUACAUAGUGCACGUCAACUAGUAGCCAGAUGGAUGAGAAGCUAGCCAGGAAUCAAAAGUCAAGCCGACAGAUUUGUAGAAAUCAGUUGCUACUUCAGAAAAGGAGCAGAUGUACAGUCAGAACAGAAGUGCAGUGAUGGUGAUAUGAGUCAGCUGAAACCAAAAGAACUUACACUAACAACAGUUUAAGAAUCUAGCUGCAAACGGUACAAUGUGGCCCCUGUUCUGAACAAGAGUUUGCUGAUUUUAAUGUCCUGGUGUGUCCAGUAGAAAGACAUUUAGCCGCCUUUUUUCCCUCAUAAUCCAGGUCAUGUGUCACGUCACAGUACUGUACACUUGUGUGUAUCACAUGUUUAUAGUGCUGUGUUUAUAUAUAUAUAAGCUGCAUAUAUCUAUAUAUUGUAUACUAUGUAGCGCUCACACUGUCAGUCCAUAAGAAUAAGAUAUUUCUAAUAUAUAUAUAUAUAUAUAGGCAUAUCACUGAAUUCAUGGCAUCAUCCAAAUUAUAUACAUGUAUGUGUAUGUGAGUCGUAAGGUUACUGAUAGGUAGAGAAUAUUCCUUCCUGCAGACACUAACCUGAAACUGUUAAAACGGAGUAGAAAUGCAUAUCUGGUUCACACCUUUACACACUUUACACAUACAGUGUCUCACACAUUCACCUUUGGAGCCAUUCACACGUGUGGUGUAAGAAGUGAUGCACCUGAGGCGUGGCAGUCGCAUCACAAAAUCUUCAACAGCACCUCAGCUGACUCUAGGAUGGAGUUUCCUUGGAUCCCUGCCUGUGUCGUUUAAAUGUGUGACUACUGACAGAAACACUGCUCACUACCAUUCAAUGCCAAAAAACAACAACGUUGUUACUUGAUAUUUCUUUCGGCUUCUCCCUCUCUCUCGGGGUCACUGUAGCGGAUCACCUGCUUCUUCACUGACGCAACCCUCCCAUUUAUCUGUGCAUGGCAGCUACACUUGGAGUACACUGGGUGUGCCCACCCCCCAUGGCUGGGGUCAAAUUAGAGUGUCCAAUUAACCCAAUAAAUGGGGAGCAAUGGAGAUUGGGUACGUUGCUGAUAUGCUGUGUUUCCAUCGCGGUACGGUUUGGUUUGGUACAGUACGGUACAAUUUGGAGGCAGGUCGGGUGUGGCGACAUCAGACGCGACACAGAAGUCAACAAUGGAGGACAUCCAGCAGCUCUUCUCUCCUGCUUGGUUUGUGACCGUUUGUCUCAGCAAGACGUCAAACUUUGUAUGAGACUGCGGGAUCUGCCUCCACUUCCAUGGGAUAUUUGACUGUUGUGGGUGGAGCCACUCUAGCUCCACCCUGACCAUAACGUAACAUUUUACUGUGGUAUCCCAAGGGAAGGAUGUCAACGCACGGAAUGAUCAGGGCUGGUUAUUUUGGUACUAAAAGUGUAGAAAAGUGUACCAUACUGUACCAUACUGUGUCGGUGCAAACACAGUUAUAGUUACCCCAGCACUUGACCAGUCAGGAUUUGACUCUGCAACCCUCCGGUUACAAACCAAGCUCCAUUUCCACUAGGCCAUGGGGCUGCCCCAAUUGUUUUUGCUCCAUGAAUAUCACAGAAAAGAAGAGUCAGUGUAUUGUCAUGUUGAUGUUUGGUGUCAUAGGUUCCUCAGGUCCGAGCAGGGCUAAGUGUCAAUCAUCUCACCCUUCUGGUUUGUGUUUGCCUGUGUCGAGUGACCCGUCCUGAUUCUUGGUGAGUUUAGGAAUUGGGUGAAGAGUUAGACACCAGCUAAACACUCAGACUACAAUCUUAAUUUGGUUAUAACUAAAUCCAAGGAAAAACUUAAAGCGAACAUUGGGUAGCAUAUUGUAUAGCUAUGCUAACCCCAACAGGUGCCAUGGAUCGACAUGCAGAUACUGAUUAUAAUCCAUAAUAGCCAUAACAACAGGUGAUUAUGGCUCUUCUGUUGCCAUGCUGUCGUAGUUUUAUUUGGUUGUUUAUUGAACCCGUUAACGUGUCACAUUCUUGAAGAGGUGUUCCAUUUUGUGGGGCUAACUUGUUCCAAGGACCAAAAGGGCAGAGUAAAGGACAGGGGUAAAAAAUGAGAAAUGGGAUUUGUCCUAAGUAUUGUGUUCAGGUGUUAUCAUGUAAAUAACAUGGACUAAAAAAGACGACUUGUACAGAAGACAGACCUGAACAUCAAAAACCUUUUUCCAAACCUGGCCUAACCCUUGAGGUAUCUUUGGGUUGCAGUGGACUCAGGUCAGGUGUUCUCCCCCCCAGCAUUGACCAUUUAAUAUAUUUAUAUUGUGAAAUUAUUACAGAUUAUAAUAACGCCUUAAAAGUAAAGCUGCUGCCUAUUUUUUAUCUAUCUAUCUAUCUCUUUAUAUACAGAGUUAAUCGUUCUAAAUUAGUAGCAUACCCCUUUAAAAUACUGUAGUUGUCAUGUGUUGUCAGCUUGAUUUUACCUCUGUAUAAAUUUGCACACAACCUUGAUGAUGAGAAUCCAGCAUACUGACCCAUACAGUGAUGUGUCAGGAAGCAGCUUGAGACACAGAUGUUUGCACUCACAGGAAAUGAUUUUCACCACUUUGCUCACCUCAUCAAAUAUUCAUGCAAUAUCUUAAGAAUAUGUUAACUGCUUUAUCUCACCACCAGACAGCCUGAACCUCAUUCGAAGCCACUCUCUCUCCCUGCACCAAAGUCCAUAGAGAAAAUAAGUGAUUUUACAUCACUGCACACUGGAGUGGAUGAUUCACUGCCGUAUCCACCAGUUACAGUUGAAUGUGUUGUGUCUGAUGAUGUCACUGAUGAUCGCAGCUCCUCUGUCCCAGUGAGAGAAAAACACUGAUUUUUCUCUCUGGACUUUGGUGCGGAAGAGUGAGCAGUUUACAAACGUCAGUGUACCUGUGAGAAAAAGCUGUCUAAUGGCAACGAACAUAUCCUUAAGAUUAUUAUACACUUGAGCAGGUGUAGCUUUUGUUCAGUGAGCCUUUUGUGGAGGAGUUCAAAAUAGUUUUUCAGUGAGUGUGAACACUGUGUCUCAAACUGGUCCCUGCGUUGACUCUCAUAAAACUACACAUACAAGUCUGAGCUAUCACUUUAAAUCCCGGAUUGUGGUUGUCACCAUUGGCACUUUUGUAAAAUUUGAUAUUGUAAAACUAUUAUUAUUAUUAUUAUUAUUGUUAUAAUAAAUAAAAAAACAAUCUUUAUGAGUAAGUUACCCACUCUACACUGAAGAUUCCAGCCAUACAUUAUACUGACAUUUAUUUUAUUGGUAGGUGAUUCAUACAACUGUAUUACAUUUCAUUGCACACUUGUUAUUUAAAGAUGAACAAAAAUGAUAAUCAACAUUAAAUACCUGAUAAAGCUGACACUUAAAAAAAAGAGGCAUGCAACUAAUUAAAAUUUAAUUCAGUUUACAUGUGAUUUUUGGGGAAAAAAAACAAAGCAACCUCGUUUUGUGAAAAUUGAAAAAUUGAAGAAAAAAAAAUCAAUACAAUCAUUUAAAAAUAUAUAUAUUAAAGGGUGAUCAAAGCCAACAAGUCUGUGCAACCAAGUUUUUCUUAACACUUUUGUAUGAUAUUGUUACAACAACAUUAACCACACACUGAGUGGAAUUGCACUUAUUACACUUAUUACAAAGACAAUGUUCCCUUUAACCUGCCUUUACAUGAAAUAAAGGUAGUGACAGUUUUUACACACAGGCCAUUACUGUGCACCCUUUAAACAAAGAGCAGACGUGUGUACUGUUGUGCAGUCGUUCAUUAUUACAGGCAGCAUCACACACACACACACACACACAGCAGUUAUUAGCAUUUGGAGCUAUUGUGUAAAAGGACAGGAAUUUCAGAUUGUGACUUUAACGUCUGUAUGAACAGAGAGAAAGAGUCGGCGCAGAUCAGCGGUCGUAAUGUUCUGAAAGCAUCUUUGCUCUCGGCUGCUUUUAUGUUAAGGUCACUGCAAAUCAAAGCAAAGGACGUCACAACUGGAAAUAGGCUGAUGUAUUAACGUGCCGUACAUGUGCUUUUGAUUUGAUUUGAUCUUUGAUCCAUCACUCAAAGGAUUCCUUCUCCAGGAAGACAUUAACCUGAACGUGUGGGAAAAUGUACAAAAAAACAUGUUUUUAAAGUCCUGAAUAAAGUGAAGAUGAUACAAACUACCCGAUGGUAACUGUUGGGAUCAGAGGAGAGUAUUGAGGGAAAAACAACAACAACAUAUUUGUAAUGCUGCACUGAUUCUGGGCCAAAAUCAUAUAUAAAAUGUACAUUUGAUGUGUACACAUUCCAGAUUAACAACAUUGUCUUUAUCAGUCAACUAGGUGAAUAUGGAUUAAUACAUAUGAAUUGGUACCGCCAAGAAUUCAGUGCAUCCAGUGUGAGUUCAUCCAUAAACACGUAAUAUGUGUUUAUUGUUUGGGGGUUUCACUCCCAGAAUGCUCUCUGCUUGUCAACAGUCCUUCCAUGUGUUACAAUAAGACGGGACAUGACUGAGCAGGAGACACCGUGGAUGUCCUGCAUGUCCUGCUCAUAUACAACAGUGUGAGAUGUAAAAAGAAACUGAGAGCAUGAGUUCUGUGGAUGUUUUUCUCUGUCAUCAAGUCUUUCCUUCGAUGUGUAUGUUCAGAAUACUUCUGAAUGACUCCGUGUUCAGUGUCUGUCUUUGUUACGCUCCUUUCCCAGCAGCUGCCAUGCAUCUUUUAUUUUUAAUGCCACUUAAUUGAGAUGAUACAAAGGCUCUGUGGAUUGAUAUGCAGCAUAAGUGACAUUGUACAACUUUUUAUGUAAUGAUAUGGAUCUUGCAAAUAAAUUGUAUGAUACAAAAACA